GAAGAUGAUGAUGAUGGAGGAUCUUCAUGAACUUUCUAGGGAGUUGGUGAGAGACGUUUUAGAUUUAGCAGAGGAUGUGGAAGCAGGACCUGCUGACCCAGAGCAUGUAGCGAGUAAAGCAGAGGAAUUUAUUGAAGUUCUUGGAGUUAUUUCCGCACUUUCUGACCAAGAUAUUGAUUAUAGAGUGACUGCAAAUUUAGAAGAAGUAGUCCACCGCUUCUCUGGUACCAGGGAGCAUCAGGCCCAACACACACAGGGACCGGGGCGUUUGGCGUUUGACAUACCGAGUGCAGUUCUGGAGCAUCAAGUUCUUAGUGGCUUACCCGCGGGUCAAAUUGCAGCGAUGUUCGGAGUGUCAAAGAGGACCAUCAGGAGGCGCAUGAAACAAAACGGUUUAAGAAAGACAGACCUCUAUUCAGCUGUGAGUGAUGAUGAGUUAGACCGUAUUGUAAGUGAAAUUCACAGAAGACAUCCAAACACCGGCUACAAGCUAAUGCGCGGUCAUCUGAAUGCAAGAGGUGUGCGUGUUCCAAUCUCAAGACUGCAAGAGUCUUUACGCAGAGUCGAUGCAGAGGGAGUCUACAUGAGACGUCUAAGGCUGCGUGUAUUAAGACGACGACAGUAUUCUGUUCCUGGCCCAAACUCUUUGUGGCAUAUAGAUGGCCACCAUAAGCUCAUCAGAAUAGAGAGGAUGUGGAGAGAUGUUUAUGAACAUGCCCUGGACCUCUUCUAUCAGAUUUUCACUUCAUUGCAAGAUCAGGGAACACUGAAUCCAGACAAUGAAGUCCAUCUUUUCGCACUGCACCGGAUCUUCCUUCCACUAAUUCAGCAAAGCCUCGACUCUUUCCGAGAUGCUUGGAACUUUCAUGGUCUUAGAACUGAAAGGAAUCAGUCGCCACAGCAACUCUGGAGAAGAUACAGAGAGCAAGGCCCUAUGGAGGAUCCUACUGAGGUUCCUGAAGAGUAUGGGAUCGACUGGAACGGACCUCACAGUCUUCAUGGAGGCACUGUGUCAGUCCCUGAGGUUCAGCUGGCCCGUGAGCUCUCAGAUGAAGAGGUUGCCAUUUUGCCAGCUCCAGGAGUUUCUUUAACUGAUGCACUUAGAUUAUACGUAGAGACUGUGCAAGUUUUAUCAAGAAUCAUAGCAGACUGAUGUCCAACCCAGUGUUUUAUUUGUUUAUUAGUUUUCAAAGACACUGAACUUGUGUCAAUUGACCUGACCUACUUAACAGUGCAUUCAAUGACAUCUGUCUGAAAAAAUUAAACAAGUCCAAAUCCA